AGCUAUCACAGAACGUAUACUGGCUUUCCAUUCGUUAACAUAGUGGAGCAAAGGAGUUUUGAUAGCAUGGCAACUGUUGUUAUAUAACGCUAUACUGAAAGUGAUUUAAAGGGUUAAUAAUUUGGUUAGCUUCAUUUCUGCAGUUCAGUUUCCCGGUAUUGGGAGAAGUGUUAUCGUGUAUACUCGACAACACUGACGAAUCGUCUUACACUUCCUGUGGCCAAUUAAACUGAGGACCUGAAGCACGUUACAGAGACGCUGUGUACAAGUCCUACAAGUAGCGGGGACGACUCCGACCUAUGUCACACCAUGGAACAUGCGCAACGUCCACGACUGUGACGGAUUCUGGGGUAGCGGUUUACUAGAGUUCCAUGUUUUCAAGCACUCAGGGUGAUUACUGAGUGGCUUGACUAUCGACCUUCAGCCUCGCUCAUAGACUCCUGAACAUUUGUGCAUAAUUAUUCUAUUGAAGCUGUUUCUCUGUGCCAUCAAGUCCUUGAGAAGUCGUCGCCGAACAUUUGAUACUCCAGGCGAAAUGGGGCAUUUAUCAGCGUGUGUCUGGGUGGUGGCCGCUUCUCUUUGUGUUGUGGAAUUUUCUCAGUCUAAGCCGAUUAAAAACGACAAAUGUGAGUAUGACUUGGACCUCGUCGAGAACAACAUCCGGGUGGUGUGUCAGGGAAGGGGGGGCCAAGGUCAACAUCUACGCUACAAACGCUGAGUUGAAGGACGCGGGAGCGUUACCCUCGAAAAAGGACAGGCGACCGAUGAGGCCUCAGCGAGACUCGGAACACACCAGGGCUAACUUGUACUAUUUCCGUGACGCCAGUCCGAUGUCCUAUACCAUACGGAACUCCACGAAGAAGAUGGAAAGGAUCAAACGGAAGUUGUCCCGAGUGGCUUCCUCCAUGACCAACAUAUCCCAUCAUCUGGCUUCCGGUGACGAGAAGUUGCAGUCCGACCUGGACGCGAUGAGGCGCAUGCAGUAUCAGUCGGUGACGUUGAAAGACACCAUGUUGGCCGCCAUUCAGAACCAGUACUCGUUCAUGAGAACCGCCAUUCUGUCACACAGCGCCGAGAUGUCCAAAAUGAUGGACUCGCUUCAACUCAUGAUUGACGUGACCUCCAAAAGUCUCCAGAGCGCCGCGAGGUCAGAGGUCGAUCUGUACUCCGAGCUGGGGUUCGUUAAUCAGACAAUGUUGACGAUGAGGCGGAUGUUGUCCCGAGAACUCAAGAAGAAGAGAAGGCGGCCAAAUAUCAACAAAGAAGAAAUAGGAACUUGCCCUCAACAAAUCGUGGCCAUUGGCGCCGGGGACGUCAUUAACGUCAAGGGGAAACGUGGCGCUUUCAUGAAGGACGUAAUGGACGACACGGGGACGAUCUACAUCAUGUCUGGAAGUGGGAGCUCCGACAGACUCGUGGAGUACGAGUCAGAGAUUGACCUUCAGUACGCGUUCACCUCCAUAACCUUUGACCUGCCAUUCAAAUGUCAAGGCACUGGUCACGUGAUCUACCGGGGCUGCCUCUUCUGCCAGAAGGAAGGCACGAGCAAGAUAAUCAAGUACAAGUUGGACCGGAUGGAGAAUAUGGGGGAAAUCGACGUCACCAAGACAGGCAUGGAGAACCAAUAUGCGUAUGAGUUCGGGGACAUCAACGACAUCGACCUCGCUGUCGACGAGUACGGGCUGUGGGCCAUCUAUAACACGCCGGAAACAGCGGGGAAGAUUAUGAUCAGCCGCAUCAACGACGCCAGCAUGGAGAUUGAACACACAUGGCUGACAAGCUACCCCCGUAGCCUGGCUAGCAACACCUUCAUGAUCUGUGGCGUCCUUUAUACCGUGGAAUCCUUCAACGAAACGCCCAACUACAUCAAAUAUAUCUUCGACACCGCCACGGCCAAGGACACUGUUCUGAAGGGAGGGAGUCUUGUGUUCCCCGCCCUGGACGACUCUGACGUCCACGUGUCCAUGUUGGACUACAACUUCAAGGACGGCAUCCUGUACGCGUGGGGGGGAGGCAAGGUGUACUCCUUUCACGUGUUUCUGGAAGAUGGUUCCAGGAUCCCGUAGUUCAUGGGCGUCGCCAUUCCAAUCUGGUUUUUGACGCCUCGAUGGCGGAUUGAGGGCAACGUUUUCACUUCCUGAAUUGCAGCGUCGUCAUCGGCACUGUUAGGGAGAUCUGAUCCGUUCAGAAUACGUGUCACGGUCACGUGUUGUCACUUGUCGUGGUGCACUGGAUUUUGUGUCGGCGCCAGAAGGACUUCAUCUGACGUGGAUUGGUAGAGUGACCUAAUGACCUCGUGACGUAAUGUCAUUGUUCUCACAAGCAGCUUACUUUCUGCAUCUGUACCUGGCAGGUAUUGACAGAUGCUGUGUGUGGAUGCCGCGAGGGUUUAGUUGAAAAACGUGUGAUUCACAAUUAGAAAACACGUAGAAUAUGAAGGAGAGGUUAUUCGUUCUCAACGCAUAGUUUUAUAGUUUUGCUUCAUAAUUUGUUCAAGGCCAAACACAAUCGUAUCUUGUCGCGUCGUCUCAGCUUCACGAAGAUUUACCGCAGGCCUUUGUACAUUAUUGACAUCACAGUGCAUGCCCCCAGUCUAGAGCGCUUUUUAGGGUAUUAGUGGUAUUAGAACACCGGUACCUAAUGGGAAAUUAGUUUAUUCUAGACAUUGGACGUAAACAAUAUUCCAGAUAUUGGAAGAAAAUAUAUCUACGACACACCUAGAGAGAUAAUCAAGGUACCUGUAAAAUGGAAUUAAAGGUGUAAUCACGUUUGUAUCCAAGGUGUUGGCAUGGUAAAGGUCACUCACGGCAUUUGGGAUUUCCAGGUAUGAAAUGUUUGUGGAUAUGACGGUCUCUCAAAAAAUGUUUCAUGUACGGCAUUUUUUUAUACAUAAUAUAUGAAGGUAUUGUGUUUACGGAUUUACGGCACUGUCCGCAUGGAUCCACACACUGUCUUGUUUCAAACCGUCAACAUUUAUUUGUAUUCGCGAAACUGUUGUCUGUCCUCAGACCAACUGAACAUCGUGUGAUGUUAAAAUUCUUGAAAAAAAAUGCUAGUCAUUCGUUUCGAAAGCAUCAAAAUUGGCAUCACGAGAUGGGUAAAACGGGAGGCAGUAACUUUUGACUUUGAGUAUAAGUCUACAAUCGGAAAAAUCAAAGCUACAAAGUAAAUCAAACGGAUUCGUAAAAUCGUUGGAACUAGUCGAUUUUGUAUUUUCUCAUUUUUUGCAGAUAGCUAAGUCUAUACCAGUAAAUCGUAUCUGGUUAGCUUUGUCAGGGGAGACGAUCCUAAUGUUUUUUUCAGGAGAGAAAAAUCUCCACGUUUCAGGGGAGAUAACCCUGAUGGUUUUUUAUCAUGGGAGACAAUCCUGAUCUACCUCCACUUUCGCUUCUGCAACUUUACAGAUUUUUUCGCAAAUAUGUCUGUUAUGUACAGUCGUAUAGAAAAUACAGUUUGCUGAAAUAAAGAAACUCUUUCUAAA